AUGGAGGUGGGGACUAGAAUAACAUUAGAUCCUCCGCCAAUCCGCGAUUCCAGCUCAGUAAAGGGAGUAGAGAGAAGCGCAGUUCGGCAGAUUCUGGCCUACCUCACUAUCAGUGAUGACCAAGAUUUCUUCCAAAUUGGGAACAAGAAUCGGGAAAUGCCAAUGGAGGCUGCGACAAGUUCCCGAUGGGACCUUCCCAGUCCCGACAAGAAAAUAAAAUUGGACGUUGGAGAACAUGUGACAACUUUGACAGCAGAAGAAUUAUUUCGUUUCGUUACUUCAGAUCAUCGGUAUUUAAAAAUGGACGGAAACGCUGGAAAUUGUGGAGACAAUGGUAUGAAUUCGGUUCCAAAUGCUGCAGAAAUUCAGAAAUUUUUCUUAGAAACCAUCAACCGGAUCGCUUUUCAACCAAUCAAAGACGCGGAGACAAAACACGACGUGGAGUCAGAAAUUCUCGAGGAUGAUGACGAAGAUGAUGAUGAUGAGGACCUCUCUGAAGCCAGUGAAGGAAUCAUUAGGGACCAUCGUAUUGAGAGCGUGAAGAAAGGGUCACGGAGAGCCUCCAAAGACAUAAACAAGACUCCAUUGUCUUCUACAUCUAUCACUUGGAAAGAAUUAGAAAAAAGACGACAAGAGAAGGAAAUUUAUUCAUACGAGUGUCGAGCUGUUCAAGGGAAAGCUGAGAAAAAUUCACUCAUUAAAUAUGCGUCGGAGUUGUUAGAGAGCUCCUGGAAGCAGUAUCUCUCUACACCAACAGAACAACUGAACCAUCAAAACGAAAAGCCGGAAGAGCAAGAAUCAGGUCCAACAGACGAUGUUAUUGAAAUGUUGGAAGACAGAAGUCGAUAUGUUUGGCAGAUCAUUGAUGAAAUGCCGCCAAGAAAUUUACCACUGUCGUUUUAG